UUUCUUUUUUUGUCGUAGAGCGAACAUGAAACAGCAUCAAACGGUGCGAAUUUGCGUUGAGAAAAUGUGUUUUAAUAGUUAAACGCUAUGUUGUUUAAUAAGUUUAAAGAGUUGGGAAUCAAGUUUUGGGUCAAAAUAAUCCUACUAAUCGAUCAGCGCUAAUGAUUACUUGUUCCAGUUAUACUUGAACGCUAUUCAAAAGCUUUGAUUAAAAACAAAUAUUUGUAAGUGCUCAAAUGUUAUUCAUUGAUACGGACAAUUUUUAUUCUGUUGAAUAACAACAUAAAAGCGAGCGAAUAAAAUGAAACACAAAUUUAACAGCUGGCGUGUCCCUACUUAGGACAAAUAUUGGAUUAUAAUAACAAAAUAUGGAGUCAACGGCAUCGAUGGCAAACUUGCUCCUCACUAUCCUGAUGAUGACUUUGUACAAACCUUUAUCCGCACAGAAUCCAGGAUUAAGAAGUAUAGAUCUGCAAGUGCAAACUCAAUUGGCGAGAAUCAGAGAACUAGCAAAAAUAAAAGCGCAAAUAUUACAGCGUCUGGGCGUCUCUGAGCCUCCACGGUCCCCCACGCCUCCGCCGAAACCGGAACAGAGAGCUAUAGACAAUAACGACAAUGCGAAGACAUACAAACUGCUCCACCUUGUUAGCAUUCAUUCUGAGCCAUCAGAUGAGUUCGCAGACGACAAGAUAAUACAGUUCCAUCUUGGAUCUCUGACAGCAGAUAAAAAGACAGUUAUAGAAAGUGUAAAUUUAUUGCUAAGAAUAAAGAAUAAGAAAUCUCUUAAAAAGAGCACACACGAAUUGAGUUCAGAUAUCAACUUAAAUUCGUUUACUCAAUCGCUUGGACAAUCGAUUGACGGUCUACCGUUGGCCAAACAUCUUACUAAAAAAGAAAAGGGAAAUUUAAAGACCGUAUGGCGAGAGAAAAAUCGUGGAGCGAAUGAAUUGCCAAUUACAUUAAUUGUGUCAAAUGUGACAGAAAGUGGUCAACCCGAUGUUAUUCUCACUAAAUUUAAAUCGACGCUCAGAAAAUCUAUAAACGUGAAACUUAGUCUACCUAUUAAUCUGAUUAAACAAUCAUUCGACGAGAAAGAACAUACGCUGUGUUUGUAUGUACAAUGUGAUGGAUGUGGGAAACGCGCCAUGUUGAUAUUAAAUCACAAACUUAGAAGGAGACAAAGACACACGAGAAAGCAAAGAAGCAAGCCACGAUCUCUACACAAACGUAGACCUAUUUUAUUUAUACAGUCUCGGAUAACAGCAGUUCGUUAACUUAACGUUAACCAAAUAUAGCCAAUACACUAUGUGUUUGAAUUUUUGAAAGAGAAAUUCUCUUGUUUUCGAAAUGCAGUUAUUUCAGUUACUAUUUGAAUUUUGUAAAGCAUAUCUCUCGAAAAUUCUGAAAAACAGAAUCUAGACAUGAGCCUUAUGUUUGUUCUCUAUUUAAUAAAUUAAUAUAUUGUCCGAAACAAUAUGAAAACUCAA